AUGGUCUCUCACACGGCGGGCACAGCCAGAGCGUUGCUGGACGACAGCAUCAAUUCGUUCAUGGACACUUUGGCCUCCGCUACUUCCUCCUUGACGGAUGCGCCUUUCAGCACCUCUUCCUCUCACAAAGGCAAAAGCAGCAGCCGGUCUGACCACUUUUCAGCUUCCAAUGACGACAACAAGGUCACGGUGAGUCUACAUCUCUGUGGACGAUUGAUUCGCUGCCUUUGCGCUGAUAGCGUCUUGUUCAAUGCGCGCGCAGAAAACGCACACGGUGACUACGACUGGCUGGGAGGAAAAGGCGGCAACUUCGACGGAUGACAAGCACCAGACGCACACUUUCACCACGCUCGUACCCGCGACGCGCACCACUGUUAGCACCGCGAUGCAUCUCAAGUCUACGCCAGCAGUGACCAUCACAAUGUCGUUGGGAGAUGACUUGAAGACAUUCACCAUGACCCACUCUGCCGGUCUCACUCAACCCACCUCUUGGGCAGACAGGCUCGCAAUGGCCGAGGCUUCGGAGGACGAGAAGCAAGCUUGGGCGGAUGAGCACGAUGGCGAACAGAAAGCGGAAGAUGACGACAACCCGCUCUGGCUUGUGACCAAUGACGACGAGACGGAUGAUCUCUCCAACGAGGAGAUUGACAGCGCCAAUAGCGAAAUCAGAAAAGCGACUAGCGAAGCUUGGAAUCCCACCUCGCUCGGCCUGCUGCCAAUGACCACCGUCACCUUCACAAACACAGCGUCCACACCGCUCGCUACCUCUCUCCUGGGCGCAUCACGCGCAACGACCAUCGCUCCCAAGGCGACGGUGACGGCAGUGGUCAAGGAUACGGAGCAAUGCGACAUUAUGGACCUUGAUUGCUUCCUGGACAGCGUGACUGCCGCUCCUCCCAAACCCACCAACACCGAGUCGAAUGGACAUGCGCAAUAUGACCGAGUAGGCUCAAACGGUCAGCAGGACAACAGUCCUAACCUGAGCGUCGGCGCCAUUUGCGGGCUGGCAGGUGGCAUCUUCUUGUUCUUCCUGAUUGGCGCCAUCAUCAUCGCAUGGACGCGUCGUCGUGCACACGACCGCAAAGAGCUCAUGCCGCGCAAGCACGGCCAUGAUGGGGAGCACGGCUCCUGGGUCGAUCAGGGCGGCAUCUACGGCGCCUCUCACCAGCAAAGACGUUCAUACUUUCAUCCUGCCCACGAGCCGCAAGCAUCGUACACGUACGGAAAUGUUGGCAAUGGAAUGGCGCCACCCGUAGCUCAAGCAGCUGCCGGUGCGAGAUCACCACCUGCUGGCUACCGCGUUCUGUCUUCUCGCUUCAGCGACGCUACGGGUAGAUCUGAGGAGCAGGAGCAACCGUACAUGUCUCAGUCUGGCCAUUUUCCCGCCGCAAGCAUUCAGCAGGACCCCUUUGCUGACAGCAACAUGUUUGGCGGAUCGAGCCAAGGCACUGGAUCGCACUCUUCUCAUGCUCAGAGCCAGAGCAUCCCUCCCUCGUACGGACACGGUCGCAACGUGAGCAAUGCGAGCGCAAUAUCCACAAGCACAGCAGCCUAUUCAAAUCAAACCGUUCCUCCCCUCGAAGAUUACGACGUGA